UCUCUUACCUGCUUUCACUGACAUCUGAGGUGGGGGGACACAGUGGUGGAUUUUCUAACCAGAAGAAUUGAGAAGCAGGAAGAAAAGAGAAGUUUCCCCUCAGACAGGCUCAGAUAAAUCAACAAGACAAUGCAUUCCUCUCAAGUUUUUCCUGCUCUUCUUUGGAUUUGGUAAUUCUGUAGACUUUAAGUUCUUCAAACGGUCUGAGAAAGAGAGACUGAGCAAGAGAAUGCCCCUUCAGGUCAUACGGAUUUUAUAUAUUUUGUCUUUUUUCUUUUUCCAAGGGGGCUUUAUCAGACUGGGCUCAUGUAAAGAGGAGAUAAAGUCUUCUACAAGGCCAGCCACAAAACCUAUGUCCCCAUCUGACUUUCUGGACAAGCUGAUGGGAAGAACCUCUGGCUAUGACGCUCGCAUCAGACCUAACUUCAAAGGGCCCGCAGUAAAUGUCACCUGUAAUAUUUUCAUCAACAGUUUUGGGUCCAUUACUGAAACAACAAUGGAUUACAGACUUAACGUGUUUCUACGGCAACAGUGGAAUGAUCCUCGAUUGGCCUAUAGUGAAUAUCCUGAUGCAUCACUAGACCUGGACCCUUCUAUGCUGGACUCCAUAUGGAAACCUGAUCUGUUUUUUGCUAAUGAGAAAGGGGCAAACUUCCAUGAAGUCACAACAGACAACAAGCUGCUGAGGAUCUUUCAGAAUGGGAAUGUUCUAUACAGCAUUAGGCUAACACUCAUCCUGUCCUGUCCCAUGGACUUGAAGAAUUUCCCAAUGGAUAUUCAGACCUGUACCAUGCAGCUAGAAAGCUUUGGCUACACCAUGAAUGAUCUGAUCUUUGAGUGGCUUUCUGACAGCCCAGUGCAGGUAGCAGAUGACUUGACUCUUCCCCAGUUUGUACUGAAGGAGGAAAAAGAUCUUGGCCACUGCACCAAACAUUACAACACAGGUAAAUUCACCUGUAUUGAGGUGAAGUUUCACUUAGAGAGACAGAUGGGCUAUUAUCUCAUUCAGAUGUACAUCCCCAGCCUGCUGAUUGUCAUCCUAUCUUGGGUGUCUUUCUGGAUCAACAUGGAUGCCGCCCCUGCUCGAGUGGGCUUGGGUAUUACCACUGUGCUGACCAUGACCACCCAGAGCUCAGGCUCACGAGCCUCUCUACCCAAGGUUUCCUACGUGAAGGCCAUUGACAUCUGGAUGGCUGUCUGUCUGCUCUUUGUGUUUGCGGCACUGUUGGAGUACGCAGCAGUCAACUUUGUCUCAAGGCAACAUAAGGAGUUCAUCAGGCUGCGUAAGAAGCAGCGAAGGAGGAGAAUAGAUCAAGCAAGUGAUCCAGGAAGCAUCGACUUGCUACGGAAAGUGAACGAGCUCCCUGGCAACAGCACAAGCUUCAGCAAACCCAACCAGCACUGCAACACCUGUGUCAGGGAGGAGGAGCUCGUUCGGGAAAGCCGUGGCUUUUACUUCCGUGGGUAUGGAUUGGGUCAUUGCCUACAAUCUAAAGAUGGGACAACUGUGGGAGGUUCCAAUGUAUUCACCCCACCACCCCCAGUGCAAGUGCUGUACGAUGGGGAAGCAGUCCGAAAGCGUUUUGUGGACCAAGCUAAACGGAUUGAUACCAUAUCCAGAGCCGUGUUUCCUCUCAGCUUCCUUAUAUUCAACAUCUUCUACUGGAUCACCUACAAAGUGCUGCGACACGAGGACAUUCAUGCCAACCUGUAAUCAUCUCUCCUGGUUACGGCACUUAUUCAUCUUUACUGCUUCUUUUCUUUACUUUUCUCUUUCUUUGAACCAAAACUGCCUGUCAUAUCCACACUAGAAGUGUAUUUCAAAGGCAUAUUCACGCCAGAAAUGCCAUCAGUGCUAAAACCUUGUGCUCAGGUGAGACUUCUGGAUUUCAAAAAGAAUAUAAAGUGCCCACUCAGACUGACAAGGGGGCUCAUAGAUGCAAAUACUGUUGGGGACCUGGCUCUCCUCUCAUUCACAUCUUAAUUUGAGUGGAUUGCACUAAUAGCCAGUGCUAUUGUCCUCACUUUGUCAGCUCCAUCUGUUGAAUAUCCAAAAUAUUGACUUGAAUUUUACCACAAGGUGCAUCCUUGAAUGAAUGUUUUUAAAAACCUCAAAACAAAUGUGUUUUUACACUUUAAAAUGCCAAACUAAUGGGCUAUGAAGGCAAGGAUUUGGAUUUACUAUUCAUGGGUACAGCUACAGUGGGAUGGUGUACUGUUUUAUUAAUAUGAGAUUAUAAAUAUAUAUGAGUGUAUAAAAUGUACAUAUGCAGAGUUGUUCACAGACUGCACACAGCACAAAUGUGUAUUUCUUUUUGUCUAAAUUUGAAUAAAUGGA